GGGCUGCAGGAGUCCCAGCUGCCCUACCAGCGGGCGCUGCCGCUGCCCAUCUUCACCCCCACCAAGUUGGGUGCCGCCAAGGAGGAGCACAAUGACACCCCCAUCCAACUGCAGGAGCUGCUGGCGCUGGAGACGGCCCUGGGUGGCCAGUGUGUGGAACGCCAGGAUGUGGCCGAGAUCACCAAGCAGCUGCCCCCUGUGGUGCCAGUCAGCAAGCCUGGUGCCCUUCGUCGCUCCCUGUCUCGCUCCAUGUCCCAGGAAGCACAGAGAGGCUGAGAGCGACUGUGACUCGGGCUCCACUGUGCCCGCCCUGGGCUGCGCCCUUCCUGGCUAGGACCAUGGAGGGGAGCUGCUGGCCGUGGAUGCUUUGUAGUUUACCCGGAGUUGGGGGCUAAGAGAGGAGGGAGCCAGAGACCAGGAUGCCUAGGUCCCCUGAGUUCCCAAAGGGAGGGGGGCAAAGAUGGUGGGCACUAAGGGUGGAGAGCUGGGGGUCCACAGCUGAGUACCCCUAGCCCCAGGAGAAGGGACGGAAGAUGCUGGUGAGGGCAUGAGGUUGCU